AGCAGCAGCAUCAGCAGCAGCAGCAGCAGCAUCAGCACCACUCUGAUUCUCCGCGUCUCCAAACACGUGUGAUUGAUCGGGAUCAAUCGCACCGAUCACGAUGACGUCAUCACAGCCGUGACUUCGUGGAUGUUUCUUGUUUUUCGUGGUGUGUUUUUUUAUAUAUUUAUAUUUUCCACGGUGUGUGGUGAUGAUUUUUCUCUUCACGCGCUCAUCGCUCUGUGGAAUGAACCGUCUUUUCUCUCGUGGGUCGUUUCCACGCCAGCAUGGGAACUGCCGUGUCCAAAAGGAAGAACCUGAGGAGUGACGCCAUCUCAUCCGUGGCCGCAAAAGUUCGAGCGGCCAGAGCCUUCGGAGAAUAUUUGUCCAACGCCAACACGGAGAACCGCAACGGAGCAGAUCAUUUAUUGUCCGACACCUUCGCUGCUCAGGACUGCGACUCUCCAGACGUCGGCCAGCGUUUGCACAACAACAACCUGCCUCCUCAGAGCCGCUGUUUGCCUGUAGCAAAACCCGACCGGUCGGUCCAGUCCACUCCCGGAGCUCCAGCCCUGUCUCGGUCUCAGCCUCUGGUCAGCAGCAGCUGCAGCCUGCAGCCUCCGGUGCCUGCGGCCGCCUCCAAACGUCGACUCUCCGUGGAGCGAAGCCUCUCUGCAGAGGAACCGUCACGUUCUAGGAGCCAGGAGGGCAGCGUGGCACUGAAGCCCGCCAGGGUUUACACCAUCAGCAGGGAAGGAGGGAUGACGCUGGGGAGCCGCGGCAGCGCGGAGAGCCUGGAGCUGGAGGUGAUAAAGACCUCCAGGGACCAGAAUCCCUCCCAGGCCACCAACCCUGACAACAACCCAUCCUGCACCAGCCAACCGUCCGCCUCGGCCCCCCGCGGCAGCCACCACCGCAGCGGCCACCAUCGCAGCAACCACCACCACCACGUCCCCCAGCACCAUGGAGGACCGGCGUCCACGUCUCAGCCGCUGCAGAGCUCGAGGGACGGCAACAACGCCCGAGAUUGGGGGCUGAGACGAGCGGCGUCCAAGGACGACACCGCGGACUGCGUGGCCUGCAUCCGAGCGCCGUGUCAGAGCCAGCGCUCGCUGGACCUGGACACGUCCCCGAGGGAUGGAGACAAGCAGCGCAAGAAGCUGGAGAGGAUGUACAGCGAAGACAGAACGUCGACUGAAGACAGAGAGGAUGCAGCAAACAGCUGGUUCCCCAAAGAGAACAUGUUCAGCUUUCAGACGGCCACCACCACCAUGCAGGCAAUAUCGGCUUUCCGAGGCAUUGCUGAAAGAAAGAGACGGAAAAGAGAGCAGGAGGCAGCCACCGUGAUGGAGAGAAACUUCCGGAAGCACCUGAGGAUGGUGGGCAGCCGCAGGACGAAGGUGCAGACCUUCGCCGAGCGCCGAGCCAAGAGUUUCAGCCGCUCGUGGAGCGACCCGACGCCGGUGAAGACCGAGUCCCUGCACGACUCCAGAGACAGUGCUGAUCUUCAGACGUCCACAGGGACUCUGUACGAAGGCCCGGACGAGGAUGUGGAGUGGGAGGACGAGCGGGAGGCGGAGAGAGUGGCGUGCGAGGGGGAUGACUUUGUCCCUCCUAAAAUCAUGCUUAUUUCCUCCAAAGUCCCGAAGGCAGAAUACGUUCCGAACAUCAUCCGCAGGAACGAUCCGUCCAUCAUUCCCAUUCUUUACGACCAUGAACACGCCACGUUUGACGACAUCCUCGGAGAGAUAGAGAAGAAACUGAUCGCGUACAGAAAAGGUUGUAAAAUCUGGAACAUGCUGAUUUUCUGUCAGGGAGGUCCAGGACAUUUGUACCUGCUGAAGAACAAAGUGGCCACUUUUGCCAAAGUGGAGAAAGAAGAAGACAUGAUCCAGUUCUGGCGCCGGCUCAGCAGACUGAUGAGUAAACUGAACCCGGAGCCGAACCUGAUCCACAUCAUGGGCUGCUACGUGCUGGGCAGCGCUAACGGAGAAAAGCUGAUCCAGACUCUGAAGAGGCUGAUGAGACCUUCAUCGGUCGAAUUCAAGUCCCCACUCGAGCUGUCUGCACAGGGUAAAGAGAUGAUCGAGACGUACUUUGACUUCCGUCUUUUCCGUCUGUGGAAAAGUCGUCAGCACUCGAAGCUCCUGGACUACGACGACCUCUUGUGACCUUGCUCGCCGUCCUUUCUCGGCCGGUUUUCUCACGUCUGAUGAGCCUACUGCCGUUGUCACGAUGACGACGAAGCGUUUGGUUCAAGAGCUGCGACUCUGAGGGGCGGAGCUUGGAGCAGCAGCGGCAGCAGUGAUUGGCUGUGACGCGCCGCUCCUGUAGUUUCUGCCCGUGGUCUAAACUCUUUCUCCCUCUUGUCUAUUUCCACUUUCUGCCUGACUGAAAGAGAAGGGACAAGAAACAAGCAGAGGAAGAAGCGGAAAAACUCGUUAACCCGGACGCGAAUCAGAGACGAAGUUUUCAUUUGACACGAGGAGUGAUGAUGAUGAUGAUGAAGGUGUUUAUUGAUUUCAGAUUUGCCUUGAGCGACUUUCUCUGCUCUUAACGAGUGUUUUCUGUCGCGUUGUGAAAGGAAUUAGAGCUUAUAUGUAAAUAAACACGUGGAGAUUUAGAUUUUUCAAAUUAGUGCAUUUAAAAACUUCUAAAUAACCGUGUUAGCGUUAUAUUUUACUUCGUAUGAACUCAGGUGAAAUCCCAUGUUUGAUACUAAGAUACUGUAGAAUCAGAAUCCACGCGGUGGGACGUUGUCAGGGAUUUCGUGUGUGUGUGUGUGUGUGUGUGUGUGCGUGCGUGUGUGUGUACUGUAGCUGAACACACACACAUUUACAGGAUCCGUGCAUGUUUCCUUACAUCGUGCUUUUGUUUCUUGUAUCGUGCGUGUGUUUGUGUCCAUACAUUAGUAAUUACAUAAUAACAUAAUAUAACAUACAGACAGUUUUAUGGAUAAGAUUAAACUCAGUUUACUCUCGUGUUUUGGAGUAAAUUAGAAUUCUUUUUAGCUUGAAUUUUUCAGAGUAGCAGUGGACUUGUAGAGGACAGUGGUUUUUGAUAAUAUUCUCUUUAAAACCGUGACUAUUUAACACUUUUAUUAAUAGUAAUAAAUAUUAAAAAUGAUAAUAGAGUUUAUUUCUUAACAAAGUGCUUAGUGAGAGAAUUAAAGCGCAAAUAAAGUUGUGUUCGGUGUUUACCGCUAAUGCAACAUUGAAAUACUGAGAACACAUGAAUCAAUAAAAGGAAGUAUUAUUUAUUAAACUCAUUGAGAUGAAUAAUAAUAAAAACAUACACUAUAUGUAUAAUAUAUAAGUAUAAUACACUUACAACAUAUAUGUCAAUCUUUUUAAUAUACAUUUCUAUUACACAAGUACAUUUAGAUUUGAAUGACUUUUCACUCAUGAAGUGAAAUAAUGUGAAUAAAAUGACUUUUAUGACACAGAUAUUUAGAGUGUUAGUUUUGAUCUUCCAUAAAAGUUGGGUGAAUUGCAAAAGUCAAUCAUAAAAAACACUUUUAAACACAAUGUAAUCAUUAAAUCAGACUUUAGUUUUUAUUAUUUUAUUUGUCAAAGGUAAUUCUAAAAAAAGCUUUGUUUUUCUGUACAGCAACAAAAUCCUUUCAGUUCUGUAGCUGCUACAAACAUUAACAUGAAGGGAAAAUGUCAUUAAAGUAAAGUGUGUUUGAAAACCUGCUGCUGUUUUAGUUUUUCACGUCAGUGCAGUCAGAGAGUGAGACUGACAUAUUUUCAGCUUGUGCUGAGGCUGUAAUGUUCUCUGUUUUAUAUAAAUAUGAAAUGUGCAGUGUCAGCAGAAGGUAAAACUCAGUGUGUGUGUGUGUGUGUGUGUGUGUUUAACUUCCCUCAGCACAGUGUCGUCCUCAAGUUUAAGGAGAAUCCAACUAAAAUUAAGAAACUCUGUUCAGGAAGAAGAUUCAGGGAUUGAUUUUUUUUUAGUUUUAGUACAAAAACAACAUCACCUCAUUUAUUUGUCUGUUGCAGUGACGGCUGAAGAGGAAAUUUAAUUUAAAUAAGUUGGACGACAUCGUUAUUAAUUAAAUAUAAAACUUAAAUUUGCGGCAGAUAUAAAAUCAGCUCAACUUUGAGACAUCACAUCGUGUGAUUAUUGUAUGUUAUUUAUUUUUAAAUCAACAUUUAAAACAAUAUUCGGCACUCUGCAUCAAUGAAUAAAAACUGCACUCUCAGCACCUUAAGGACAAAAAUGUCCCAUCCUUUCAAACUGCUAUAGACUUUUUCACUUUAAAAUAAUUAUUAGUAUUUACAUUUGUACUAUCAUCAGUCCUGAUCAUAAAUAAACAAAAUUAAAUUCUGAGGCUGUGACCACAGAAUGAAAAUAUAACAACAUAGAAUUCUUGACUCAGUGUUCAAAUGUCAGUUGGAUGAAACACAUUAUAAAAAAAUAAAUAUAAUUAGUUCAAAUGGACCAUUUUCUGUACUUAAGGUUCUAAGAGUUAGAAUGUUACAAAAAGACAAACUGUUGGAUAAUUUCCUGCCAUUUACAUUAACAUAGACAAACAAACAAUUUAAAGCUGAUUUUAUUGUUAUAUUUACAGAUUCAUUUAUAUUCAAACGUUUAGCAAUUUAUUGAUAAUAUAAAAUAAUUUGUGUUGCAAACUAUUUUUUGGAAGUAAAACAAUAAUUUGUAUGUGUAAAUUGAGGAAAUUUACACAUACAUGUUUUAUAACUUUAUAUCCCUGUACAUGUGUGUGUGACUCAUAUCUUACAUUGUUGUUACUUAAGUCACUCGAGCUUAAAGACCUUAAUAUAUAUGUAUGGACAUAUAUAUAUAUAUAUAUAUAUAUAUGUAUAUAUAGAUUGCAGAAGAGGAGCUGUGGUGCUGCGAAGCCCUUUAAGUAGAUGAAGAAACGUGUCGUGAGCAAUUGUUGACUCUCCUCAGCUCGACAAUGACGCUGCCUUCUGCAUUAUUUACAUGUUUAUAACAAGAAAAUGUGUGUGUGUUUAUCACAGUAAAUGAGGUUUUUUAUGUCUGUGCUAAAAUUCACGAUGAAUCAUUUACAUCAUUCUGCUGUGACCUAGAGUAGCAUGUGUUCAAAUUAUGUCUGAUAAUCUGUUGUAAAUGUGGUGGAUUAUCAUCACAACACGAAGCCACGGAACUCUGGGUUCGUCCGUGGGUUAAAGGUGCAGUGUGUAAGAAUUAGCAACAUCUAAUGGUGACACUGCAGAAUGCAACAAAUAGAGGAUGGAAACAAUCUUUCACAACUCGGUUUUAUUCGUUGGUUUAUGUCGUAGACUGUUUAUAAAAAUGGACGGAGUUUUCUGGCUACCAGGGGGAGACUUUGCUGAGUGCAAAAUGAAAAAUGUGUAAAAUUAGCUUGAUUUCUAAUGUCAGCAAACAUUUUCCUGUGCAGUUAAUGGUUUUAAAUUCUGCUCUUCUUCAAUUAAAACACAAGUCAGUUUUAUAAAUGAUGUUCAAAUUUAGAUGAAAAGUGGAUGGAGAUGGAGUGGACACCAGUUUGAUUGACAGCUGGUAACGUCCAAUAACUGUAAAUGUAUACUUGACCUGGCACCAUUUCAUUUUUGGGGGCGGAGCUUUUCCUUUUCAUUUUGUUGUUUCAGAAUUGUUUUUGCAAAAGUGGGAAACACUUACGUUGUAAAAGCCAAAACUCUGUAUUUGUCCUGUCCUCACUUUCAGAAAACACACUUUAAAAAGGGGGGAGGGGUUUUUGAGUCAGCUGCAAUCUGCAUCCUCACCAUUAGAUGUCACUAAAUCUUUCACAUGAACUUUAAUGACCUAAAAAAAAGGUAUUUUCUGUGUAUUAGUUUGAAAUGAUGAUCUGUUCAAAUUUCUACGACUAAAUAAUAGAUCCUGUUUGAAUAAGAAACAGUUUUUCCUGACUUUUCAUCGUUGGAUUUGCCGUUUAAUGUAAUUUUGAAUCAGUUUAAACUUUAGAUUUUUCUGUAUUAAUUCACUCAGUAAAACUUUAGAGUCAGAAAUACCUCUGUUAUUACGUAUUCAUGUCUGUUUGUAUGUGAUAAUUCUGUUUUUUUCACUGACUACAUUUGUGCUGCUUAUAUAGUUAUUUUUCACUUUGCUGCUGCAGAUAUUUCUGUAUUUUAUUCAGUCUCUUCUCGCGUCAGCAGCUCCUGUCUUUUCCUGCUGAAGGUCUUGUGAGUUUACAGUGUCAGACGUUAAUAUCAGAGAAUUCUUGAACCUCACGACCUUCACUGUCUGAGUUUACUUUGACUUAAAAAUGUGUAAAUUCAUGCUCCUCUGUAGCAAUAUUCAGUAGAGUUUGAGUAUUUGAGUAUGUGACGGUGUGAGGGUUAGUUUUUAUUGACGGUUGCUUCACAGAACCCUGGAUGAUUGACAGGAACAAAGAGAAACAUGGAGUGAAGCGUGAAGAGCUCGGUCUCUGCUUCCUCGUCCUCGUCCUCUGCUCAGUGAUUUGACGUUAUGUCCAUACUACAUUACACAAACCUGCCCACGUGUCCUCAGAGCUCAGUCUCAGGUCAAUAAUCUGUAAUCCUGAGUUACACUCACACACACCGUAAGAAAACAGAGACGCCAGAUCAUGACUCAGCAGAUUCUCUGUUCAGCUGACGCGGUCAAACACAACAACAACUCUCAUAACAAAUACAAACAAAACAACUGAGCUUUCCUGUAAAAGAAUAACAGCCUGCGAUGUGUCAACAGCAACAGCUUUUAUUUCAUAUUUAUUUUAUGUCACUUUGAAUAAAAACUACACUCUCAGCACCUUAAGGACAAAAAUGUCCCAUCAUUUCAAAUAAAGACAGGAGUCAUUUUCCACUGUCAAUUAAUUAUUAGUAUUUUCAUUUUAUCAGUAAUUUGUUGAAUAAUUGGGAUUUUUUUUGGAAGAUAUAACAAAAUAUUUAUCCUUUCGUUAACUGUAGAAAAUCAAGGUCAAUGAAGGUACUUUUUACAGUUUGUUGCCCAUAAUAAGAAGACCGAGCCGUAUGAACGUACUUUUUCCAGAACUGUACUGAGGCCUUCACUGUUGCAGGCCUCAAAUUUCCCAGUAACGCAGUUUCAGAAGUUACCAAAUAUAGUUCUUUGCUCCAUAAAAGGGUUAAAUCUGUGAGCAGAGGAAGAAGCAGGAGACCUCGACAAACACCACGUGUCUGAUCCUGAGCAGACGACGUUUAUGUUUCCUGAGAUCGAUGAAAUCAACAGAUUGAUCUUUGAGCGCUUCUUCGGCGCCAUCUUCUCUUAAUGUCUGUGUUUUCUCAGUGGAGAUUUAGUCUCAGCUCAGUGGGGACGGUGCUGCUCUGAUUAUCAUCCUGAAGUCUCCAGUGGUUUCUGUGAUGAGAGAAAAAACACAGUUAUUAUGUAACGACAAACUGAGCAUUAGAGUUCAUGACGAGUCCUAGUUUCCUGAUGAAAAUCUUUGUUGUCAUAGCAAAUAAAGUGACAGAAAGUCUUCUGUAUCUGAGUAGCUUUGAUGAGACUCUGAGUUCUUCCUCAUAGAAUAAAGAUGAUUCUUUAAACCUGA